AUGGACUUCCAGCAGUCCGCCGAAGAGUUGCUAACCAAGCUCGACACCUAUCGUGAGCAGUUGGCCCAAGUCGAGGAGGCCCUCGAGCAGCAGCCCGAUGAACCGUCCCUGGUGAAGCUGAAGAACGACCUCACAGAGGUCAUUGUCUUGACAGAGGACUUGGUCAAGUACCAGGCAGCGGCACCUACAGAAGCCGAGACCGGCGCCGAGACGGCCGGCCGGGCGAGCGCCCCACCACUGCCCCAGCCGACUACUCGCUCGGUGGGCAAGUCGGUCCACACUGCCCUGGUGGGGCGGACCUGCGAGGCGUUCUUCGAGCAGAAGUGGUACAACGGCGAGAUCAAGUCUGUCCGCCGUGACGAGCGCGGGCAGGAGCGAUGCAUGGUGGAGUUCAUCGGCUUCUCCAACAGCCGGGAGUUCAAGGUGACGGACGUCCGCCUUUUGCGGCCACCGCAUCCAGCCCAAUGUCAGCCAGGAACGAAGUGUCAGGCGAUCUUCCCGGAGGAUGGCCUGUGGUAUGACUGCGUGAUCACGGAGCAGACGGAGAAGGGCUACAAGAUCACCUUCAUGGACUACGGGAGCCGGGCCGAGGUCAGGUUCGACCAGAUCCGCCUGCAGACCUCGGGGAAAGUCGGACAGCAAAAGCGCACAAUCAAAGAGGUCACCACGCCGGCGGGCUACAAGAUUCCGGAGAGCAUGCAGAUCCAGAAGACGGACACUGAAGACAUCAUCGAGGCCAAGCGACGGAAGAUCACGGCCAUCAAGAAGCAGCAGCGUGCGGAUAAGUUGGAGCACGAGCACGUGAAGCAGCAGUCCAACUGGCAGAAGUUCUUCUACAAAAAGGCCAGCACCCGAAGCAAGUGCGGCUUCAUGUCCGGCAAGCCCCGGGACAGCAUCUUCAAGGUGCCCGAGUCGCUUGAGGGUCGGGUCGGCUUCAUGAACAGCGGCCAGGAGAUGACAAAGUUCCACGAAGCGCGGAAGUUCACCUACCAGUACGUCUGA